ACUGAUGUUUCUAUUCAAAUAGAUAUGGAUAAUCCUAAACCUAUAAACGAAUUUACAAAUAUGGAUAUAAACCCCUAUAAAUAUACUAUGGAUACUAUACAGGAUGAUCUGGAAAAAUAUAAUGAACCCUACUACUAUGAUUAUUAUGAAAAUGAUAUUUAUUAUGAUGUAAAUGAUGAUAAAACAUCUGUGGAUCAUAUAAAUAUGGAUUAUAAUAAGAUGGAUAAUAAUAAUUCGGAUGUACCUACUAAAGUACAAAUUGAAAUGAAUAUUGUUAAUAAUAAAAAGGAGAUUUUCGAA